AUGCAUUUUAUUUUCAACAAUUUCCAAGAAAAAAAAUUGAUUGUUAUUCACUUCUCACUCUCUCCUUUGUUUCCCUCAUUGUCUCCUUCUUUCACUAUUUCUCUUUUUUCCAUUUCCUUCUGGGUUGUUUCUCUUUUUUCUUUCUUUCUCUCUCCUUUUUCUUUCUCUCUCCCCUUGUCUCUCCUUUCUCUCUCAUCCGCUUUGUCAUCUCUAUCUCUCUCCCCUCUACCUCUGUCUCCCCUCUCCCUUUGUCUCUCCCUCUCCCUCUGUCUUCUAAGUCUCUCUCCCCUCUGUCUCUCCUCUCCUUCGUCUCCUCUCUCACUCUAUCUUUCCUCACCCUCUCCCUCUUUCACUUACUCUGUAUUUCCUUCCCCUUUGUCUCCCCUCUCCCUCUGUCUCUCCUUCCCUCUCCAUUCUUUCUCUCCCAUCAGUCGCCUAUGCUUUUUUCCUUUCUCUGUCAACUCUCUUUUCUCUUUCAGGUUUUCUCCAUUUUUUCUCUUUUUAUCCUUUUAUUCUUUUAUUCAUUCAUUCUUUUAUUCUUUUUUCUUCUUCCUCUCUUUUAUUUGUUCAUUCUUAUAUUUUUUAUUUCAUUCUUUUCUUUUUCUUCUUUCAUUCUUUUAUUCUUUUGGUCUUUCAAAUUUUCAUUCUUUUUUUCUUUUUCUAUUCUUUUAUUCAUUCAUUCUUUUAUUCUUUUAUUUUAUUCAUUCUUUUAUUCUUUUAUUCAUUCAUUCUUUUAUUCUUUUAUUUCAUUCUUUUCUUUCUUUUAUUCUUUCAUUCUUUUCUUUCUUUUAUUCUUUCAUUCUUUUCUUAUUCUUUUAUUCUUUUAACCUUUACUUUUUCUUUUCAUUCUUUUAUUCUUUUAUCCUUUUCUUUUUUACUUUCAUUCUUUCAUUCUUUUUUCUUUUAACCUUUCUUUUUCUUCUUUCAUUCUUUUAUUCAUGCAUUUCUUUCAUUCUUUUAUUCCUCAUUCUUUUAUUUUAUUCAUUUCUUUUAUUCUUGUUCCAAAACAAUGUCUUUCCUUCAUGUUUUCUUAUCUUUUUCCUCUGUACUCAUUUGCCCAUCUCAUAA